AUGACCCCUCAGUAUGGCGACCCUUUUAAUAUGUCAGUGCUGGAACUUCGUGCUGUCCUGCGGAUGCAUGGCUUCUCCCAAGCUGGCUUGCAAAGAGAUUUGGCAAGGCGAGCCUUCGAUAACAACUUGGUGAAUUGGAGGCCCAGACCCCGGCCGACGUGUGACAGCCCUGAGCCGAAGCGGAAGCCGCGGAAGCCGCUCAAGCGAGAGACCCCAGUGUGGCUCCGCUCGGACGCCUGCCUUGCUGCUCCGCGUCCACGUGCUUUGAGCGAUUUGCCCCCUGCGUUUCGUGGCAGCGCUCGGUCAGCCGAUGGCUACUUGUUGGAUGAAGAUGCAGCAGAUACAGCCACCCAGGACUGGUCGACAGACGCGCACGAAAUGCGGCCUACGAACAGGACGAGAUUGUAUUUGAUGGAGAAGAGUGUUAAGAAGGGGAUGCCUGAGAAGAGAAACAAGAUCAAGGAACAGAUCCAGAAAGACAAGAGCAAGAAUGAUGACAAGAAGUGGAAAAAGAAAGAAGAGAAGAGAAGGAAGGACAAGAAAGACAAGAAGAGCAAGAAGGACAAGAAAGACAAGAAUGACAAGAAAGACAAGAAGGACAAGAAGCGGAAGAAAGUCGAGAAAGCCAAACAUGAUUCACAUGAUGGUCGACCAGACAAGAAGCGCAGAAGAUCUAUCUAG